AGAAGUCAUUUGUAGUAGAAAAACACAAGCACGGAAGAGCUCAGUGUGUUUUGAUGAAGCUGAAAAUGUUAGGGUACCACCGUCAAUUGAUGCUGUUUCUCGUCGCCAUUACAGCACGAUUCUGUACAGGAUUUGAUUUUGAAUGCAACUUUGACAGUGAUGCUUGUGGGUUUCAACAAGUUAGAAGCUGGGGCAACACUGGUCUAAAUGGAGACCAUAAAGAUUGGACUAGAGCUAAGAGUUCCGAACCAGUUCGUUAUAGUGGACCUGCGAGGGACCAUACAUCUGGGAGCGGGUAUUACAUGGUAUUUGAUGUAUGGGCAUUUCGAAGCUUUGGAGCUAGGGCUAUCAUAUACAAGCAGAUCACAGUAACAAAAAGUAACACCUGGAUCUCUUUUUGGUAUCACAUGUUUGGCUUUUCGGGUAUGGGAGGCCUUAGCGUGUAUGCUGGUAAUACAGCCAUUUUCGCUAAGAAUGACAAUCAAGGAAAUGGUUGGAAAAAGGCUGAGAUAAAGCUUGAUGUUCUUGGUUCAGUAAAAGUAAGAUAUUAUCUCAACUGUGUAGGGAAUUUGUUUUGA